AUGGAUGCAAGCUGGGACGCUUCCUUGAAGCAUCCGCCGCUGCGCUCAGAAGCAGAGACGAGCGCGGAGCCCAGUCGCCUUCUCGACCCGAGCGUAGAAACCCUGGAGCCCCAAAUCGCCGCGGAGCGUACACGUCUAGCGAACUUGGAACAACUUUUGACGGAACGGGAACGAAGUCUGUCUCAAGUGCAGGUUGCAGUGAACCAGCGUCGAACAAGCUCUCUAGGAUCAGCGGCAACAACAAAACGCGCUCUGGAGAGCUCGGUGCUUCGUCUCCUCCAGAAUACAAACGCUGCUUUAGAGCGACUCAAUGCAGCGUAUGAAGAGGUUUUGGACCUGACACGGCAGCGUUUAGAGCUAGCUGGUGGUGAGGAACCACGCGAAGAUGAAACGCUACGAGCGCUGUUACACCAGCUCAGCGAGCGCGAGGCUAUGCGGCAACGAUACCUGCGCGAACGCGAACUCCUCCAGACGCGUAUUGGAGCCUGGCAACAGGUCACGCGAAUGACUGAACCACUGCGCCGAAGACUGGAGCAUCUUCAGUCUGAGAUCGAGCGACUGCGUCGAGAGAACGCUGAACGAACUGCUCAGAUUGCCGCCGGCGAAAGCGAGAAGACACGUCUGGCUGCCGAACUUUCUUCUUUAGAAAAUGAAAUUCAAGCAGGAGAGCAGGAGUUUCACAAGCUGAAAACUCAGCGAGAUCAACAGCUGCAACGUCUCCAGGGCCUUGAUGAGGAGAAUGCGAUCCAGGCAGACUUGGUUCAGGUUUUGCGUGCACAAAAACAAGCACUCGUUACCAGUGCGUUACCUGCAAGUCCCGAUGCCACUGCACCAGCACAGCGACACCCGAUAGGCAUCGUUUCACGUGCGGGUGCUGAACCUGCGGUACCGGAAUCCGUGCCAGGGUCGUCCGGUGGUACUUCGGACCUCAGCAUCUGCGCGGUUGCCAGUGGUGUUUCCCCAGAACGCACCUCGGGAUCCGUCUCCUUGAAGAAUAACGCCCAAAUACCAGAGAUGCCCUGGACGCAUCCCCGCGAGCUUUCCGAGAACGAUGCCCCAGGCGUGCCGCUUCGUGAGAUGCGCUUGUCACAGACACCGUCAGCUUCUCACAGUACACGCCUGGAAAGCGGCGCUUCCGUUCGAAGGGCACGCCCAGCCGCUGCUAGGCUAGCAUCGAGCUGGAGCAAACAAUCGAUAGAGACGGUCGCACCGCUUGAUCUCGCUGCUGUAGAGGCGCAACCAGCCACAUCGUCUGCCAGGCUCAGUGCCUGGCGUGCUGCCGACACCCCCGGUGGACGCGGCGCUGAACGCGUUCCCGAGGACAUCGAAACGCUCCACGAAGACCAGAUUGAGCCGCUAACUCCUUCUCGCAAACUAGGAUGCCAAGCGCAGCCGCAUGGACACGAAACCUCACAACAUCUCUCACCAAGCGUAGCAGGGAGCUUGGCGCGAGGCGGAGCACCUGCAGCAGAAGCAGCAGCAGCAACAGCAACAGCAACGUUGCAUGAACAUUCGCAGGGUACUCGACCAGAGCGCUCCGAACGUACCGAGAUUCCCAGUGAUCGCAUCCAAGCGGAUGCCCGUCUGGUCAUCCAGGGUGAAUGUUUCAAUAAUCGUACGCUGACAGCAGUGAUGAACGGUCUCGAAUCGAGUUCCGGUCCAAGAGUGCGCUGGUAUCAUUUGUCGCGUCGAACAGCGUCCAUUACACCAUACGCCUACCGCGCUGAAGGCUAUCGCUAUCGAACGACAGCGGAUGAUGUGGGUAUGCGACUUGCCGCGGUUACCGAGGCAACCGCGGGGCUACCCGCGCUGCAAGCGUUCACUGCACCAAUCGAGGUAGAUCCGACCAUGGAGGAACGCCUCUCGGUGUGGAUGCUCGAAGGUCGCGCUGCUUUUCUGGUUCGCGACGAGGCGUCGGGCGCUCCACGCUGUAUCCUCGUCCACAAGCGCUAUCUGAGCGUUCAGCGCCCGGCGCAGUCGUACCAAGCAUCCGGUGCUGGUGCUGGUGCUGGUGCCGCUGAUCCUUGGACUGAAUCCCUUUAUCAUGCGACGGAGGACUUUGACCCCCGCGAGGGUCACUGGAUUACGGAAGAGAAGAAGUCUUGGACGUCCUUCAUCAAAGUCGCCCUCGAUGAGACGGAUGCGCAUGCGUUCAGCCUCACCCUGAAACAUACCUUUGCCUUUCGAGCGAACAGUGCGGAACAGCGGGAUCUGAUCGCGCUCUGUGUUCGGCAGUUUGCGCUGCGCUAUCGGAGUAGUAGUAGUAGUAGUAGUGGUGGUACGCUCAGCGGUCAGCGCCGCGAGUGCCGUAUGCAGUGA